UUUUUUCGCUACAUUGAAUUGCAUUAAAAUUAUACUUCUAAUUCCUAUCUCGCUUUCACCAAAUUUCAAAUAUAUAAAUAAAUAAAUUAUAAACCGAUUCAAUAACAAAGAAGAGAUCUUUUGUUGCUUGUUGAAUUCCAAGAAAAAUGAAAUGAUAUUUGUGUCACUAAAUGACAAGCACCCACAAUCGAGGACUGCUCGUUACGUUACUCCUGAAAUGUUCCGAGAGACGCGGCUUAUUCUGUAACGCUAAUAAGUACGAUGGAAAGAGUGACGGGAGUCUCGCCGUUCAUCCUCGUCGCGACGUCAUCCUCAUUGACGAGAUAGCCGGAUCUAAAAACGCAUUGGAAGUUUGACAGCGAAUGUUUACCACCGAGUCAGUAAAGUAUGUUUGGAUCACUACGUAGCAAGUUUCAGACGGUGCAAGAAGGUAUAUCUGCUAGUAUACGUGGACUGUCCACUACCGAGCAUCCAAAGAGCAAAAAGCCAGUCAAUGUAAGGAAUGUAAAUUAUGACGCUGGGGCAGAUGUUCUGCAUCAUUUUCAACUGCAGUGGAAUGAGCUUCACGAGCUCGCGGAGGAGAACGCGGGCAAGGCUCAGGAAGCAGAUACGCUGAUAUCCUCCAUUUACGAAAAACUUCAACACGAGUGGAACAAUGUUACAUGUUUAAACAGCACUUUAGCUUACAUUCCAAAGAUUAAUAAUGCGAUUCAAGAUCUCAUGGACCAAAUAGGAAAUUUACAAGAAAUGUUCGAAGAAGUUGAAGGAGCUUUAUAUCGAUUGGAAGAUCUAAAUGAAAUGUUAGAUUUACAAGGUAGACAGCUGGAUCACAGGUUCCAGUUGGCUUUGUACAAAGAGAAGAAAUUGAUAGAAUUAAAUAAUUUCAAAGCAAAACUAGCUACUGAACAUACGGUGAGACUUUCACAGCACGAAUUAAACCAGCAAAAAAAAUUGAAGGAACGGCGAGAGACCUUUGAGGAAGCAUUUAAAGAGGAUCUUGAGGAAUACAAAGCAACUGGAUCUAUACCAAAGCUACCAGUCUCUGCGGAAGGCCCAUCUUUGGACGAGAUAGUGUUGGACAUCGAUUCAAAGAUAUUUGAUGAGUUUUUAGAGAAUUAGAGACAUAACAGAUUUAGGAUUCUAUUCAGAAGUGUUGCUGCUAAACUUUCUUAUUUGAAGAUAACACAUGCAACGCAGCAUAAUUUUUAACUGCAUUUCUUACAAUUAGAUAUUAGGCUGUGACUCAGAUAAUUUAUACUUUUCAACAUAAAAAGUGUAAAAAAUUAGUGAAAAGUUUUUCGUAUAAAUGCUUCCAAUUUUUCCAUCAAAUGCCUAAACUGACCUUUCGUGAAACUUUGUACAGUCUUUACAAAUAUAAGUACCUAUAUUUUGUGAAUUGUAUUAUUAUGUAUUAUUUACCAUUUUGAAUUGAAAGAAUGUGAGUUUUAUCCCGCAACAAUUCUUUCAAUUCAAUGUAAAUAGACAUAAGAAAAAAAUAUCAUUUUGUUAAAUUUCCUUAAUUGUAUCAUGAC